AUGCAGCUGGCUGUUGUCAGGUUAACAGUUCAGCCUGUAGAUGAUGGCAUUUGCAGCGACGCCGCUUCAUCCUCAGUCAUUGAAGGGAACCAUCAGCUGGACCUGGACAGACCCGGGCCUGCAGGAUCAGAGCAGACCUCUGAAUCGCCCCUGAAGCCCACUGCACAGACCCUGAAACCUCAAAGCACCGAUACGAGUCUGGAGGAUGUCCAAACGCUGGACGUCCCCGAGCCUCUGAGCGCUGAAAUCGUUCUGAGCACCCAGAAGAACCAGCAGAACCCCAGAUGUAGAAAUCCCUCUUUGAAGCCCAUUCAGAUUAUCGACCCACGCCCUCUACCACCCAGGAAGGCUCGGAUUAGCCAAUCAGAGCCGUCCGCUGCUCAGACCUCGCCUCACGUUUAUUCAUAUUUAUGCUUUGAUCAUGACUACUGCGGUUCUGUGGAUCAUCCUCUACAAGCCAAACAGCCGCCUGAAGCCACCGCAGGACCGGAGCCGACGACCCGGGGCUCAGGAGCUUCUGGGGACGGUGGCGGCCAUCUUUCAGAUAACCAGGCGUCGGUGCCGCUGCAGCGAUCAGAUCAAACCAGGACGGCUUCAGAGGCCGAUACCAGAGCAGGAGAGGCGUCUCCUCCCACAGCUGCCGUACAGGGAGGAGGUGGAGGUGACGGAACGGCCCUCUGCGGUCUCCCCACACCCCCGCCCACCCCGCCCGUCAGAGGCAGGAGCAAGAGGAGGUACCGAAGAAGAUCUCCUCGCUCAGACUCCAGCUCCUCGUCCUGCUCCUCGUCCUGCUCCUGCUCUCCAAAACGACCACGGGUCCGCCGCGGGCGUUCAGAGAGCAGCUCCUGUUCCUCCUCCCCCUCCUCCUCCUCCUCCUGCGCCUCCCCUCCCCGGCGCUACCGCAUGUCCUGUUCAAGAUCCUGGUCCCGGUCCAGAUCCCGAUCCCCGUCUCCGCAAAUAUACCACAGGAGCUGGAGAGAGGUGCCCAGCAGCAGAGAGUCCAGGAGGCGCAGCAGGGAGCAUGAGAUGAGGAUUCAGAAACUCAAAGCCAUAGACGAGCGCAGGGUGGUGUACGUCGGCCGGAUCCGCCGAACGAUGACGCACGAUGAGCUGAGAGAGCGCUUCUCUCAGUUCGGAGAGGUGGAGUGCGUGUCGCUCCACUUUAGGGAUAGUGGCGACCACUACGGGUUUGUGACGUUCUACAACACGGAGGACGCGUUUGCUGCCAUCGAUAACGGCGGGAAGCUGAGAAGGCCCAACGAGCUGCCGUUCGACCUGUGCUUCGGCGGCCGAAGGCAGUUUUGUAAUUCUGACUACGCUGAUCUGGACGCUAACAGAGAAGCAGACCCACCGCCCCCCAGGAGCAGGUUUGAAGACCUGGACUUCGACUCGCUGCUGAAACAGGCUCAGAAAGGACAGAAGAGGUAGCGGAGCCGAGCCAAACUCAAGGGAGGGGAAGAGGAUGCAAAGAUUUUUCUUACCCCAGAGCUCGAUGCUCACAAUAAUGUAGCAAAGUCUCUUUGUUUUUUUUUUGUUUUUCUACUUUGGGGUGUUUUCAGGUUUGAACGAAUAAGCUGAACACGCAUGCAUUUGUUGAUUUGUACAUGACAAUACAGCACUGAGUGUACAGUUUUUUUCAGGUGUAAUAUUGAAAGGCAUUAUAAUGCAGCACUUUGACACUGAAUAUGUUUUAUCGCAUGUCUGUUACAUUCCAAAAACACAAAAUGACGUGUUAGUUUCUAUAUCAAAAUAAAGAAUGUUUAUUGUUUCUUU